UUUGAAAAAUAAAAAUUUGAGAAGAAAGCGAGUGCUCUUCUCAGCCUCAGCCUCUUGUCACCACUAACUCCGAGAGAGAGAGAGAGAGAGAAUGGGUUUGAUAUCAUCAGCGAAAGAGACGAAGAACAGUGGAAGAGGAAUGGGUUUCCUCUUAGUUUUCUUCCCUGACCACAACGACGUCUCUCCUUCUUCAUCUCCGGCAACGACGACGACUCUUUUCCGCACCAGAUACUCCCAUCUCCUCCUCUCCAAAGCCCAAUCCACAAUCUCAAUCUGCAUCCUCCUCCUCUUCCUCACCCUCUUCCUCUUCACUCUCUCCACCUUCGAACCUUCCUCCGUCUUCCCCGCCGUUUCUCCCCGUUCACACCGUCGCUUUCUCCUCGCUCGCACCGUCUCCGUCGCUAAAACUCGACCUCUCGCUCUACAGAGGAUGGGUACUCUGUUUCUGAGAGGAACCACGUGCAUGCACGAUUUGGUCGUCGCUCAUGUCGCUUCCGACACCACGGUGGAAGAUCUCCGUCUCUUUAUGCGCUUGCUUCACCGUUCCGGAGUCACUUUCCGAUCCGACGUCGUUUUACUCUUCAACUCCCCUUCUUCCGUUACGAGACUCACCAAUAUGAUAGAGGAAGAGAACGUCUCGUUCUUGAAACUCGUCGACGUUCACCGAAACUCAAACUCCGCUAACAAAAACGACUCCGUUUUGGGAUUCAAUCUCACCCGUUUCAUGAAGAAGCAAUCCAAGAAGGCGGUGUCUGAGCCUAUCUGGGGAAAGAAAAAGCACCGAGUCAACGAUUCCGCACUGAACGAGACGACCGAGUCAACCGAGUUGACUCACGGCUCUGUGGUGGGCUUCGACGUGGCCGAGUUGGACCCGGAGAACUCGCUAUCUGGGUUUAUUGAGCACGUGCCGAUUAGCUUGAGGAGAUGGGCGUGUUACCCAAUGCUGCUCGGACGAGUCAGACGCAACUUCAAGCACGUGAUGCUCGUUGACGCAAAGACCUCACUGUUCGUCGGUGACCCGUUUACCCGGAUACGUAACCGGAGCCCCGAGUCAGUCCUCUUCUUCUCCAAACACAGUAACAAGAAAUCUUCCGACAUUAACCCGGCGGUUUUGAUCGGUGGAGCGAAGGGUAUCAGGAGGUUAUCGAGCGCAAUGCACACUGAGAUCGUGAGAGCGGCAAUGCAGCAGCAGCAACACACGAGAAAGAGCUUUGUGUCGGAAUCUGUCGUGCUGAGUCAACUCGUUGGGAAUGUUCAUAUGACGAAGAGCAUUGAAGUCCAUUGGUCCACUGAGUCGAUAGUGGAAGCGAGUUCGGUGGCUGAGUUAAGGACAAGAAACUCGGCGGCUGCGUCGAUAAAGAGUCAUGAUAUAGUACAACGUGGUAAUAGUAAUCAUCUUGAUAUUAUGGCGAUUAUUAAACGUAUUUGUUCCAAUGAGUUAGAUUCUUCUGUCUAUAGUCACUGUUAGCAUUGUUGUUAUUUUUGGAAACAAAAAGAGGAAAAAUAUACAAAUAAAAUUAGGGAAUAUUUUCCUUUUUUUUUGUUUUUA